GAAUCGCCGGAACUCUGUGGUCGUGUGGUUGCCGCUCUGGCCGCGGAACCGGACACGGACAAGCUCGCCCGAUCGGGACAGGUCAUUCUCGUGUCGGACGUUGCUACCCAGUACGGGAUCAUGGAAGUAGAUGGCAAACCGCCAGCACAUGUGCGUUCUCUGAGAACUCUACUGUUCCUAAUGGGUUCGCGGCUCGCCUCAUUCGUGCCCAGCUUCAUUCGUAUCCCGAAAUCGGUGUUGAUGUAUAUUCUCAGCUGGCGUGACAAUUGGACCAGUUGA